AUGAGUCUAGAGUCUGACAGAAACGAUAAAUAUUUUGACUUGGGUUCCUACCAUCGACCCAUCACGACAAAGUCAGCAAGCGCUCAGACCUGGUUUGAUCGGGGCCUGAUAUGGACAUUUGCCUUCAAUCACGAGGAAGCAGUAAACUGUUUCAAAAAUGCCAUACGAGAUGACCCGGAGUGUACAAUCGCAUAUUGGGGAUUGGCGUAUGCCAUCGGCCCGAAUUACAAUAAAUCCUGGGAUACGUUUGAUGGAAAAGACCUUCAUAUUUCUUUGAGAGAAGCCCACAGAGCGGCAUUACAUGCAAAAGAUAUGGUUAUUGAUUCGAUGACAGCGGCUGAGAGGGCUCUCAUUGAGGCUAUUCAAUACCGUUACCCAUCGGAAACCAUUGAAGAUAUCGGAAAUCAAGCAGUUGAACAGAUAUUUGCGGCCUGGAAUCUUAACUAUGCAGAAAGCAUGGGUGUUGCUUAUAAGAAUAACCCGGAUGAUCUGGAUAUUGCGGCCCUAUAUGCAGAUGCACUCAUGAACCUAACACCUUGGAAACUAUGGAACUUGAAGACUGGACAACCAAACCCCAGUUCACGUACACUUGAGGUAAAAGGAGUUCUGGAGCGAGCCAUCUCGUCAAACGGAGGCCUAAAGCAUCCCGGAAUACUACACUUGUACAUCCAUCUUAUGGAGAUGUCCCCAACACCAGAGAAUGCUUUGCGAGUAGCUGAUCAUCUUCGAGGUCUUGUGCCCGAUGCUGGACAUUUGAACCACAUGCCAACGCAUCUGGACGUACUAUGUGGUGACUAUCAGCAGGCAAUUCGAUCAAAUACGCAAGCCAUUCAAGCGGACGAAAAAUAUUUUGCCACCUCGGGCUCACUCCGGUUUUAUACCCUUUACAGAGCACACAACUAUCACUUUCGUCUGUAUGCAGCCAUGUUUGCCGGACAGUCUCGAGUUGCGCUGGAUACAGUAGCACUACUAGAACGAAGCAUUCCGGAGCAGUUGCUACGGGUCGAGUCACCCCCAAUGGCAGAUUGGUUAGAAGGAUUCAUUGGCAUGCGUGUACACGCCCUUAUCAGGUUCGGUCGAUGGGAAGACAUACUUGUCCUGAAACUGCCUCAUGACCAAACACUAUACUCUGUUACAACCACGAUGCUACACUACGCCAAGGGGGUUGCAAGCGCUGCUUUAGGCAGAAUCGAGGAGGCAGAAAAUGAACGCGAAUUAUUCAAAAAAGCUUUGAUGCAUGUGCAACCUUCUAGGACGAUUUUCAAUAAUUCAUGUCUUCACAUACUGCAAGUCGCGGAUGCAAUGCUCAACGGAGAAAUAGAGUAUCGAAAGAGCAACAUCGAACAAGCAUUUAUAUAUCUACGUCAAGCUACCAAACUAGAUCAAGAGCUCCCUUAUGACGAGCCCUGGGGAUGGAUGCAACCGCCUCGACAUGCAUACGGUGCGCUACUUUUAGAACAGGGCCAAUUCGAGGAGGCGUUGGAUGUUUACUCGACGGAUCUUGGUCUCAAUGAUAUUUUGCCUCGGGCAAUGCAACAUCCGAACAAUGUUUGGUCUCUCCAUGGUCUGGUUGAAUGCCUAACUACGUUAAAAAGAUAUGAUGAGGCGAGAUUGCUCAAGAAACAUCUCGAUUUGGCAGUCGCAAUGGCUGAUGUACCUAUCAAAUCGUCAUGCUUCUGUCGACUUGAGACAGAAUCUACCCUUGGAGAAUGCCACUGA